AUGUCCUCAUUCGCCAACGCUGUAUACUAUCCGUCUUGGAAAGUAUACAAAGGGAAGCCGCCGUCCUCGCUUGAUGUCCGCGUAGCCACGCAUGCAUUCUAUGCGUUCGUGAGGGUCAAUGAGAAUGGUACACUCCGGCUCCUGGACGAGUUUGGUGAUUUGCAGAAACAGGUCGAUGUGGAGCAAGGGUGCCUAGCCGCCUUUGCAAAGAUGAAGCGAGAGAACCCGCACUUGAAGACACUCGUCUCGAUAGGCGGUGGCUCAGGGAGUGCCGAGUUCCCUAUCAUGGCUGCCGACCCUGCAGCGAGGGAAACGUUUGCGAGAGAAGCGCCCAACUUCUGUGACAAGUACGAGUUUGAUGGGGUCGAUAUCGACUGGGAGCAUCCCACCCGAUGCGAUGAGGGCGAGAACUAUGUCAAGCUGCUUUGGGAUGUCCGCAGGGCUCUACCGGCCCCUGCGUACCUCGUUAGCACAGCCCUGCCGGUCGGUCAAUACUGCCUCAAGCACAUUGACCUGAGGAUGGCGGGUGCCCUCCUUGACUUCCUCAACCUCAUGGCGUAUGACUUCACCGGGGCCUGGACUGACGUUUGUGGUCAUCAGGCCCAACUGCUGGCUCCGCGGGAGGACACGUGCUCGACGCUUCGCAAGUCAGGCGCCGCUGGUGUCGACUUUGUAGUCGCGAAUGGCUUCCCAAGGGAGAAAACUCUACUUGGCGUGCCAGCGUAUGCCAGGUAUUUCCCUCAGGCCAGCGGCCCUGGGCACUCAUUCCCCAGCGCUGGGGAGAUGGAGUACUCUGAUAUGCCCGAGAGCUGGAUCUCGGAUGCGCACAUAGACCAUCAUGCUGCAACGGCGUCAUAUGUUGACUCGGAGGGCGGGAAGGGCUUCAUUACGUUUGAUGUGCCGGGUACAGUGUCAGCGAAAGCACGAUACGUGAGGCGACAGCAACUCGGGGGUCUCUUUUACUGGACUGGCGUUGGCGAUAGGCAGGGCAGUCAAAGUCUGGUCGCUGCCGGCUUGGCAACGCUUAGCAACUAA